AUGGCUCGCAAGAAGGUGGCACUACGAUACAUCCACAACAGGUCAAGACGGUGUGUUACCUUCGAGAAAUGUCGCAAUAGCCUGAUGAAGAUGGCAGGUGAGUUGGGCACCAUGUGCAACACCAAAGCUUGUGUGCUGGUGUAUGGUGAGGGUUCCUCGGUGCCGGAUGUCUUCCCAUUCCACGCCGAUGCGGUGCCGAUCCUGAAUCGGUACAAGGACAUGCCGGACCUUGUGCAAUUCAAGAAUACUGUGAGCCAGGAGGAAUUUCUCAUCCAGCGGAUUACUAAGCUCAAAGAAGAGGCCAACAAGUUUCAACGUGAGCGUGAGAACCGUGAGAUCUUAAUCCUCCUACACAAGGCCAUGCUUGGUGGUAUCCUCGACGUCCAUGAGCUUACCCUUGUUGGCCCUAAGUUAGAGGUCAUCCUCAAGAACCUUGGUGAGCGCAUCGCAAAAAUCAGUCAGAACUCGGAACCCAUCGGUCUUCCAACCACAAGUGCCAUAGGUCACCAACAACAUCGACAUGGGGCCUCCGAAGAUGUAUCAAGUGCUUCAGUAGCAGUAAAUGGGUUGGCUUGA